GUCCAAGUCAAAUGCAUGGUCCGCACUCGGGUACCAACCCCGCACGGAGAAGUCUUCCUUCAUUUGUAUCACAACAAUCGUGACAGCAAGGAACAUCUCGCAAUCGUCAUUGAUCCUGCUCAGCUCGACUCUACCAACGGAUACCAAAUUGGUAUUCCCCAUAUCCGUAGCAAGUCACUCGAUGCCGUUUGGUACGACGGCGAGACCGAAAUAGAGCGUGUUACCCGAGGUGCUUAUAUCGGCCGGCUUAGAGAAGCGUCAUUCACGGCCUCAACUCCGUCUACUCCGGACUUUUCGCACUUAAAGUCUUCAGUCCCCGCACCUCUUGUUCGUAUUCAUAGCGAAUGUUUUACGGGCGAGACAAUCGGGAGCAUGCGCUGCGACUGCGGCGAGCAAUUAGACGAGGCCCUCCGGCGCAUUUCCCAACCUAUCGCAUUCAAGGACGCAUCCUCUGGGGAACAAGUGACCAUACCGGGACGCGGCGCAGUCAUUUACAUGCGUCAAGAAGGCCGUGGAAUCGGAUUGCUUUCCAAACUCCGCGCAUACAAUCUGCAGGACCUAGGUUACGACACGGUUCAAGCUAAUCUGAUGCUCGGUCAUGGUGCAGACGAACGUGGAUAUGAGGUUGCCGCUGCUAUCAUGCAUGACCUCGGUCUCGGCACAGGAGACCCUCAGUCGGGUGAAAGUGUCCGUCUAUUGACGAACAAUCCGGAUAAAGUGGAAAAGCUCAGAGCCGCGGGUGUCCAUGUUUCGGAGCAAAUUUCGAUGAUUCCGCGUUCAUGGCGGUGCCAGGCUGAAGGCCUUGAGAACGACAAUCUCGAGAAAUAUUUGCGUACAAAGGUACUCAAGAUGGGGCAUAUGCUGUCAUUACCCCCCUUCUGAUACCUCUCACGAAUAACGGUCGAGCGUGAAGGAAUAAAGAGAAUAGGUGAUAAUUUGUAUAACGGCCCUACGCAGCUUGAAUAUUGUGCUGUGGCAAUAUCUUUCGUUACAGUGAAAUAAUAAAUC